AUGGGCCUAGCCCAUGACUUCUGGUACAUCGUCGUCGCCGUGCUAGGUUUCCGGGCACUGAUUCGACUGGUGAACCUCUACAAAGCACGCUCAAGACUACAAAAACGCUUCGCCAACUCAGUCCAAUACCCAACAAAGCCCAGCAACCAAUUUCUCGAAAUAUGGGCCACCCUAACCGCCCUCAUCCGCGAAUCCAGCUACCCCCAACUCUACGUCCCAUCAACAUGGUUCUCCUGGAUGACUCCCCCACCACUGGGCCGGGUAAUUACCCUUCUCGUCUACUGGGCCAUCAUAAUCAGCAUGAUGACCGCCAACGCCAUCAAGAAGGACGCCUUUUUCUGGGAACGUAUCGGGUUCCGCAACGCCUGGAUCACCGUAAUGCAGAUGCCUCUUUUGUAUCUGCUGGCGAGCAAGUGCAGCAUUAUCGGGUUGAUCGCGGGAACGAGCCACGAAAGGCUGAACUGGUUACAUCGAUGGGUUGGCAGGACCAUGUUUGUGACGGGCGCGGUACAUGGCUGGUAUUUCUUUGUCGAGUGGCAGCGGGCCGACAUCGUGGAGUAUCAGAUGAAGAUGAUGGGCACGGUCAAGUACGGGUUUGGCGCCUGGGCGGUGUUGGGUUGGUCGUUGAUUUCGGGGUUUGCGCCGCUGAGGAGGCUUGGGUAUGAGUUCUUUGUGCUGCAGCACUUGGUUAGUGCUGUUUUGUUCAUCUGGUUGGUUUAUCGCCAUAUUCCAGCGGAGGCAAGGUGGAAUGUUUGGUUCUCGAUCGGGGCACUUUGCUUUGAUCGCGCUUGCCGGUCGGUCUUGUUGGUGUGGCAGAACGUCAAGUUCAGCCCCAACAGGUCAAAAUGCAAGGGAGGUCAGCAGGUCGGCCACUUUGCCCAGAUCAGGGCCGUUGGGGACUCGAUCACGGUCAUCAACAUCAAGGAUGUUCAUUUCAGGUGGAAGGCGGGACAACAUCUUUACCUCUGGCUGCCGGCCAUCGGACCCAUGGAAGCGCAUCCAUACACCAUCGCUUGCGCGCACCAGCUCCCGGAGACGUGCAUCUGCAAUAGCAUCCAGCUCGUCGUCCGCAAACACGGCGGCUUCUCAAAACGACUACAUGAUCGUGCAGUGAAGGAUCACGCCGAAGGCAAAAAGGGGAAUUAUACCGUCUUCGUCUCUGGGCCCUAUGGCAUGCCGCCCCGUCUCGACAUUUACGAAACCGUCAUCCUCAUCUCCGCCUCCACCGGCGCCUCGUUCACUCUACCUAUCCUCGAAGACCUCCUCGCCAACGCGUCCACCAAUUGCAUCAAGCGCAUCGACUUCCUUCUUACCACGAAACAAGGUGAAGAAGUCGACUUUUAUGUCAAGCGUCUCCACGAGUUUCUCGAUCGCGCCAAGGCGGCCGGCAUUGAGUUGCUGGUGCAUGUUGCCAUUACCCAAAGAAGCAGUUCCACCAUCCCGCCUACUUCCAGCCUCCCAACAACAAGAGAACGGGAAAGGACAGAAGGCAAAUCGUCAUCGAGAUCAGCAUCCGUUGAUGACAGCUCCAACCCAACAGCCCAGACGAAGAGAUCAACCCCGACCACCACCAACGGCCGAGACGUAGAGGAUAAAGUCCUCACCCUCACACCCCGUCGUCGACCACUCAGCAAUGCUAGCAGCACCGAUUCACACGUGCACCACUCAAGCACUAGACCGGACAUCGCGGCGUUUAUAAGGGUGCCGGUAGAGGCAACGGGCGGAGAGACCAAGGUGGUGGUUUGUGGAGGACCGAGUUUGGUUGCCAAGGUGAGGAAUUGCGUGGCGGGGUUGGCGGAUGAGAGGGCGGUACACAAGGGCACGGGGGCGCAGGGGAUCGGGCUUUUUGUGGAGGAGUAUUCGUUUUGA